AUGAGCUGUACUCUCCAUGUUCCUGAAAUCAUUCUGACCCCCUUUGAAGUCUCAAAAGUAUAUGUUUAAGAAGGUUGGCUGGGAAUGAAAUCUUGAUUAUUUUCCCAGUAUGACAGUGUUUAACUUUUGGUAUGAAGAUAUUUCUUUGCGCACAACUUUAAGCAAUACCUGCGUGGGUAAACAUAUUGGCCACCCUUAGCGGAAGAAGAAGAACAGAUCAACAUAAAUAUUCUUGAAUUAAAUGUCUGAAUCCCAUAGAAAAUCGUAAAGUCAACUUGAUGAAAUCGAAGAGGACUUUGUCUAGAUACCAUGACAUUAGAGAACCAAGUCAAACAUAUCGCUUUUGACCUAACCAAGGAUUUUCAUGAAACGUAAAACUCUGCCGUUAUAGCCGUGAAUCACCGCGUAAAAGAAACUAUUUCAGUAACGCACGGAAUUUUAUAUUCGCUAAUCUAUCCUUGUCAAUAACCAUUAUCGAAGUUUUAAAUAAAUGUUUAAAAAAUACAAAAACAUUAAAACUUGAAAUAAUUUUGAGAAAAACUCUUUUGACUUGCAUGUAUGGCAGACUCGCAGAAUUUAUUUAAAGGAGCACGAGAAAAUUGAUUAGCUGGCAGUAUCGUACCAAAAAAACUUCUUGGAAAUAAUCGUUGAAUUUGGUGAGUUAAUAACUCGAACUGAAGGCGGGGGAGCUUUCAGCUGGUGGUGACGUAGCAUCAACUAAAAUUACAUUUUUUGCCAAUUGAACAUGGUGAUAGAAAUCUUAGGUACUCCUUUUUUCUCUUCAUUCAAUUUAUCCUAUCUUUAUCCUAUGUUCAUCUUUCCUUUUUGUAGCAUAACACAAAUGACAGAACUUCAACUCCUUCUGCACGGAGACUUUUAAGGGUAACUUCAUUAGCAGAUGAAUGGGGAUCAGCAAAGGGCGGUUUGUCUACUCUGAGCAGAGAACUAGCAAAACAUCUGGCACGUCAGCCUGAUGUAGCAGUAACCCUUCUUCUUCCAAAUUGUAGUGAAAAGGAGAAGCAGGAAGCUAACGACCACAAUGUACAUCUUGCUUUAUCAGACGACAUGACUGAAUUUGGUCCUUCUGAAGAUUUUGACAUUGAUGUUGUUGUAGGCCACGGUCAAAAGGUAGGAGCACCAGCUCAGGUCAUAGCGGAACAACACAGCUGCAAACGAGUUCACGUUGUACACACUGCCAGUGAAGAGCUUGCAAUGUUCAAGAAAAGAAAAAAAGCAGUAUCGGAAGGUGAGGAAAAACAUGAUGCUGAAAUAGACCUAUGUAAGGAAGCUGAUAUUGUCGUGGCUAUUGGACCAAAGCUUACGGAAGCUAUCUCUGCCAGUCUGCGACCGUAUGGUAAAGAUCAAGACGUGCUAAAUGUUACACCUGGAAUUUUCCCAGAGUUCUUAAAGUUGAGUCAAGCCAUUGAGGAAAGGGAAAAGUUCCGCAUCUUAGUGUUUGGUCGUGGUGACUCGGAUGUUUUUGAAUUAAAGGGAUACGAUAUAGCUGCUCAAGCUGUAGCAAGCUUAAAAGACAAAAGCUACCAUCUCUUAUUUGUCGGAGCACCAAAGGGGAACGAAGAGGAGGUAAAAGAGUACUUGGUUGACUGUGGCAUUUCUCCCACCCAGCUAACUGUGCGAGGCUUUGUUAAGAGUCGCGAGAAACUGGAACAACUCUUUUGUGAGGUGGAUCUGGCAAUUAUGCCGUCACGAACGGAAGGGUUUGGCCUCACCGCUCUCGAAGCACUUUCCGCAGGCCUACCUAUUUUGGUAAGUGAUAAUUCGGGGUUCGGACAAGCUAUUAAAAGCGUUAACUUUGGGUCGUCGUUUGUGGCGCAAUCUUGUGAUGCUGAAGAGUGGGGAAAAGCUAUCAGAAGUGUGAGAGAGAAACCAAGGCAAAUCCGGCUAAACGAAGCCCUCUGGCUGCGAAAGUUUUAUGACGAAAAGUAUGAAUGGGAGCCACAAUGUGAAAGGCUCGUAAGUCGAAUGCGCUGUUUUUUCGAGUAA